AUGAGUGACAAUCCGUUUGAGUCUUAUCUCGCACGAGACCAGCAACCGCCACAGCCCGCUGUCGAUGUGCUUUCGCAGCCUAAUGCCUCACUAGAAUAUUGCACGGUGUCAGUGGAAGAUACGAUAGCACAAUUAGGAACUGAUUUCGAUAAUGGUUUAUCCAAUCCAUCAGAAAUUGCUUAUAGGAAAUCAAUUUGGGGAUCAAACGAAGUCCUACCUGAUGAGAAAGUAUCUCUUUGGAAAAAAUUCUUGUCUACAUUCAUUGAAGACCCUUUAAUUCUUUUGUUGAUCGGAUCUGCAGUUAUAUCUUUCUUAAUGGGAAACAUCGAUGAUUCCAUCAGUAUUGCUCUGGCCAUCAUCAUUGUUGUUACCGUCGGGUUUGUACAAGAAUAUAAGUCAGAGAAGUCAUUAGAAGCAUUAAACAAGUUAGUCCCAGCGGAAUGUCAUUUGACAAGAUCAGGGCAGUUAUCCCAUGUUCUUGCGUCAAACUUAGUUCCAGGUGAUUUGGUCAGAUUUAAGGUCGGUGAUAGAAUUCCUGCUGAUUUAAGAAUUGUAGAAUCUAUCGAUUUGUGCGUAGAUGAAAGUAAUUUGACAGGUGAAAAUGAACCAGUACACAAGAGUUCUGGUGCAGUGGACCCUAAGAACUACUCUCAUAUACCUGGAUCCAUUAUUCCAGUUGGCGAUAGAAACUGUAUCGGAUUUAUGGGUACUUUGGUCAGAGAAGGCCAUGGUAAGGGAAUAGUCAUUGCCACAGGCAAGCAUACUGUUUUUGGUUCUGUCUUUGAAAUGAUGAGUGGUAUAGAUAAGCCAAAGACUCCAUUGCAGACAGCAAUGGACAAAUUGGGUCAGGAUUUGUCCUACAUGAGUUUCGUUUUGAUUGGUAUUAUUUGUUUGAUUGGUAUUAUCCAGGGUAGAUCAUGGUUGGAAAUGUUCCAGAUCGCUGUUUCUCUAGCGGUGGCUGCUAUCCCUGAAGGUUUACCAAUUAUUGUUACUGUUACUUUGGCCCUAGGGGUCUUAAGAAUGGCUAAACGUAAGGCUAUUGUCAGGAGGCUUCCAAGUGUUGAAACUUUGGGUUCUGUAAACGUUAUUUGUUCUGAUAAGACUGGUACUUUGACCGCAAAUCAUAUGACUGUUUCAAAGAUUUGGUGUUUGGGCAGUAUGGAAAAUAAAACUAAUUGUUUGGCAUUAUCUAAGGUGAAAGAAAGACCGAUUAAAAUGGAGCAAGAUGUUGCUACCACUUUGAGAAUCGGUAACAUUUGCAAUAAUGGGACCUACUCCCAGGAACAUCUUAAAUACCUUGGUAAUCCAACAGAUAUUGCCAUCUUAGAGUCAUUACAACAUUUUGGUAUAAAUGAUUGCAGAAACUCCGUCAACAAGAUUAACGAAAUCCCUUUCAAUUCGAAGAGAAAAUUUAUGGCUGUCAAAACUAUCGAUGCCAAUGAUAAAGUGGUAGUAUACGUGAAAGGUGCUUUCGAAAAGAUUGUUGAGAAAUCCAUCAACUACAUUGGCAGAGACGGGAAGGUGCAUAAGCUGAAACCAAAUGAUAAAGCCAUCAUUAACGAUGCAGCUGUUGCACUGGCUUCUGAAGGACUUCGUACACUUGCUUUUGCGGAGCUGGAGGUGAGCGCCACCCAUGGUGACAAAGAAUUCAAUGAAGACAUGGUUGAAGGCUUAACAUUUACUGGUCUAAUUGCUAUGAAUGAUCCACCUAGGCCGACAGUCCGCAGUGCCAUUGAAGAACUACUCCAAGGUAGCGUACAUGUUAUUAUGAUCACAGGUGAUGCUGAAAACACUGCUGUUAGUAUUGCUAGACAAAUUGGAAUUCCUGUCAUCAACCCUGAAUACAGUGUGCUUUCAGGUGAUAAGCUGGACCAAAUGACUGAUGACCAAUUGGCUAGUGUUAUUGAUCAUGUUAACGUGUUUGCUCGUGCUACCCCUGAACAUAAGUUGAACAUUGUUCGCGCCUUGCAAAAGCGUGGUGAUAUUGUAGCAAUGACUGGCGAUGGUGUUAAUGAUGCACCUGCCUUGAAGUUGGCAGAUAUAGGUGUGUCUAUGGGUAAAAUGGGAACUGAUGUUGCCAAAGAAGCCUCUGAUAUGGUUUUAACCGACGAUGACUUCAGUACAAUUUUAACUGCCAUUGAAGAAGGUAAAGGUAUUUUCAAUAAUAUUCAAAAUUUCUUGACUUUCCAAUUGUCUACCUCAGUUGCUGCUCUUUCGUUGGUCGCUAUUUCGACUUCUUUGAAACUACCAAAUCCUUUAAAUGCCAUGCAGAUUCUUUGGAUUAAUAUAUUAAUGGAUGGACCUCCAGCUCAGUCCUUAGGUGUUGAGCCUGUCGAUCAUGAAGUUAUGAGAAAACCCCCAAGAAAAAGGACUGACAAGAUCCUAACUGACGCUGUCCUCAAAAGAGUGUUGAUUAGUGCAUGUUUUAUAAUUGUUGGAACAAUAUAUGUCUUUGUCAAGGAAAUGGCAGAAGAUGGCCAAGUUACAUCAAGAGACACAACUAUGACAUUUACCUGUUUUGUCUUUUUUGAUAUGUUUAAUGCCUUGUCUUGUAGACAUGCAACGAAAUCCAUCUUCGAGAUAGGAUUCUUUGCAAACAAGAUGUUCAACUAUGCUGUGAGCUUAUCUCUUUUAGGACAAUUAUGCGCCAUUUAUAUACCAUUCUUUCAGGGUAUUUUUAAGACAGAAAGUCUUAGCCUGGGAGAUUUACUGUUCCUCUUAACGUUAAGCAGCAGCGUUUUCAUUGGUGAUGAAAUCAGGAAAUACUAUGUCAAGAAAAAUAGAUACUUGGACUCAUAUAGCUCCUCAAUUGUUUAA